CCCCUGAAUUUCUUUUAAACCAAACGACGGGUUUGCUUCAUCCCUCUUUCAGUGUAGUAAUCAGUGAGAUUCUGAAACCUCGCCACAACCCACUAGCCAUCGGACGGAAUCACUCUUCCGUGUCUAUCCAAAACUUUUUAUUCCUUUACAGAAAAAUUACAGAUAUCUACAAUUUUCUGAAAAGCGUCAGCGAGGAAGUUGAUUUUCCGAGAUAGGAAGCCGAUUAUCGGAGGGAAAUUGGAGGAUUGCUGGUGUCUCGGAAGAAUAAAGAGAGAAAAAGAGCGAGGUAAAUGGGGCCGGAAGUGGCAUUGACUGCUGCCGCGAAGCAAGCCGAGCAGCUGAGGAAAUACGGUAAUCUGUAUUUCAAGAAAGAUCGUUUUGGGGCCGCCAUUGAUGCUUAUACCGAGGCUAUAACGUUAUGCCCUAAUGUUCCGGUUUAUUGGACGAAUCGCGCUCUUUGUCAUCGAAGGCGGAAUGAUUGGACUAAAGUUGAAGAGGAUUGCCGCAAAGCGCUGCAGCUUGAUCACCAUUCCGUCAAGGCUCAUUAUAUGUUGGGACUUGCAUUACUACAGAAACAUCAGUAUCCUGAAGGAGUCAAAGAAUUGGAAAAGUUUGAGUAUGUGGUCAUUGUGAGUUUAGACCUUUUUACCCUCAAGGGCUACUGUUCUAAAUUUUUGUUAAAUAAAUGUUUUCAUAUUUAUUUUGCUAUGGGAUGCCUUGUACAAUUUGUUUAUGUUUUGGUCAGGGAAGCAUGCGAGACAGCUCUUGAACAGAAAUAUCUUUUUGAUAUUUCUGAGACAGAAGGGUUCUUGGAUGAAACCAUUGAUGGUCAUCUAAAACAAUUGAGGGAUCUUGGACAAGUCUUCCUAAAGGCUGCAGAAGAUGACAUGCCAACUGAGGUACCUGAUUACUUAUGUUGUAAAAUCACACUUGAUAUUUUUCGUGAUCCUGUCAUUGUUCCUAGUGGGGUUACAUACGAGAGAGCAGUAAUUGUUGAUCAUCUUCGGAAGGUGGGUAAAUUUGACCCUAUUACCCGGGAACCACUUGAUGAAUCCCAGCUAGUGCCAAACUUGGCAAUCAAGGAAGCAGUCCAAGCAUAUUUAGAUAAACAUGGUUGGGCUUACAAGAUUGAUUAGAAGUUGAUCGCAUGGGGUAACUGAUAAAUCCAAGGAUCUGGAGCUUUUCCCAGUAUCACUGUUCUGUUUUAAGCGAGUGAUUGAUGUGUAACUUUUUGUGUCAGCUUCAGUGUUUAGUCUUAUGCCUUACAACAUAAUAUGCCAGUUCAUAUAAUCUUUCUUUAAAACUGUACAGAUGUUAUUAAUCUUAACAAUUUGGCUUCUGAGUUGUACAGAUUAAUAUACUGUUAUAACAAUUGGCUUAUAGGAAAGGCCAUGUGCCUUAAACUGAUCAAUCGCCUGGCUUCUUUGUAUUUAUGUCCUCAUUUCUUUCUGCACGGAAGCAGGGUUUGGAUUGCUCUUAUUUGGAGCUUAUUUGCAUUUGCUGCUACUAGCUGUUUUAACGGCAAAGCAAAAUUGAUCUGGUGAUUUUGGA